UUUAUUUUACCAGGGUUUUGUUGUUUGUUUUUUAACCUGCAGGUGGACAGUAGUUAGUAUGUGUUGGACACAAGCUAAUACAAAGGAUACAUUUAUUCGGAAGACGAUGAGAAGCAGGAUUACAAAAAAACAAGCUCGCAGUACCAACCUGUACUGUAUUUUUUUUUAUAGAAUAGAAUAGAGCGGCUCCAUCAUGUUCUCGAAUCGCGAGGCCCGGCCCGAAAUGCCAACAGGUGUGAGUGCACCAGGGGCUCCCUGGCUGAGGGGCUGGAGGGCUGAUGAUGGAUCUGAAGGAGAGCUGUGGCAGUCAGGGGAGCCAAGAGAGCUCUAGCCUGCACCCCACCUCCUGGCAGGCCUUCGCUCACACCAGCACGCUGCACGGCCUGCGCUUCAUCUUCCCUUAUGGUCAGCCCAGUGUGCGCCGCUUGCUCUGGGCUGCGGCUCUGCUGGCCUGCCUGGGACUGUUGGCCCUGGAGAGUGCCGAGCGCCUGGCCUAUUUCCUCUCCUACCCUCAUGUGACCAGCAUGGACGCCGUAGUGUCGAGCAGCCUGGUCUUCCCCGCUGUGACCAUUUGUAACCUCAACGCUUACCGCUUCAGCCGCCUCACGCGUAACGAUCUGUACCACGCUGGAGAGCUGCUGGCCCUGCUGGAUGUGCACCUGACAAUCCCCCAGCCGCACCUAGCCGAGCCUGACGUGCUGGCUUUCCUGCAGGAAAAAGCCAACUUCACCGCCUACAGGCCCAAGGCGUUCAGCAUGAAGGAGUUCAUCGAGAGGGUCGGCCACGACCUCAAAGAGAUGAUGCUCUACUGCCGUUACCAAGGCCAGGAGUGCAGCCACAGUGACUUCAAAACCGUGUUCACCAGGUAUGGGAAGUGCUACAUGUUUAACGCUGCAGAGGAGGGGAAGACGCUCCGCACCACCAUGAAGGGAGGGACGGGAAACGGUCUGGAGAUCAUGUUGGACAUCCAGCAGGAUGAGUACCUGCCAGUGUGGGGGGACACAGAGGAUACCGCCUUCGAGGCAGGUGUGCGGGUACAGAUCCACAGCCAGGCAGAACCCCCAUUCGUUCACGAGCUGGGCUUCGGCGUGGCUCCCGGCUUUCAGACUUUUGUAGCCACACAGGAGCAGAGGCUGACUUACCUGCCUCCCCCCUGGGGAGAGUGCGAGUGGAGGGCUCUGGAGUCUGGCUUUUUCCAGGUCUACAGUAUAACUGCCUGCAGGAUCGACUGUGAAACACGCUACAUCGUAGAAAACUGCAACUGCAGGAUGGUGCACAUGCCUGGUGAUGCUUCUUACUGCACCCCUGAGCAGUACAAAGACUGCGCUGAGCCUGCCCUCGCCAAACUGUCGGCCGUGGAGAGCAGUAACUGCAUGUGCAGGACGCCGUGCAAUAUGACCCGCUACAACAAAGAGCUGUCCAUGGUCAAAAUCCCCAGCAAGACCUCAGCCCGCUACCUGCAGAAGAAGUUCAACAAGUCCGAGAAGUACAUCACAGACAACAUCUUGGUGCUGGAUGUGUUCUUUGAGGCUUUGAACUACGAGACCAUUGAUCAAAAGAAAGCUUACGAGGUGGCAGGCUUGCUGGGAGAUAUUGGAGGCCAAAUGGGUCUGUUCAUUGGAGCUAGCAUCCUCACCAUCCUUGAGCUGUUUGACUAUGCUUAUGAGGUGGUGAAAGAUAGACUACUGGAUUUACUGAGCAGAGAGGAGGAGGAGGAGAGUCAUGGAGAGGAUGUGAGUUCCUGUGACCCGGUGGCAAACCACUCGGAGUCCAUCAGCCACACUGUGACAGUCCCCCUGCAGACAACGCUGGGCACCCUGGAGGAGAUUGCCUGCUGAGGCCCCCCUGCCUGUGCACCUCAGAGCCACGCACAGCCAGAGGCUGCCUCCACUGGGUGGCGCUACAUCCUCUGUUAGGGCAUCCUGCAAGACCUGAACAGGGGAGGGGAGGAGAUGAGGACAAGAACAUAAAUUGGCCUAAGGACAGCGCUGUGCUCUGUUACACCGCCCUGUCUGAAACACUGAUGGGGAUUAAGGAGCUGUCGGCUGGAUUUAUCGGCCCUCUCUGUCACCCUACACUGUACUGUGGUGGGAGGGUGGCCUCCACUGUGCCAGACCUGCAGUGGGUUCUGUGUCUCCACAUACUGUACACUCACACAGAAAAUCUGAGAAUGGGUGGGACAACUACCCAUAAGGGGGGCUUACCCCUGUGCAGCAUAUUUAUGUAACAAACACAUUCAUAAAUCGCUCACUGCCAAAUUAACUGUACAAAAUUGGUUUUGAACUGCAUGCAUCGCUCUAUCUUGCUCUCUUCUGCUGAUGCAUACGCUGGACUGCAGUGUUGCUUUACUAUACAUGUGUGCCAUUUGUCUCUCUCUAUCUGCAGGACAGGCCUGUGACAAGGCCCCAGGUGAGAUAUCAAACUUCGAAUGUACAGAUUGAACAUAUGGUUGUUUAAAAUCAUAAUUCAGGUGAUACCAAUCCUUUGAAAAUGUAUUCUAAUGAGCGAUUAUUUCUUAAUUAAUUAUCUUGAAGGGAAAGGUGUUUGGUGAUGUAUGAACAUUACUGAGAAAAAAACAACAACCUUUGUUCACUAAAAACAGUGAAAUCAUUUUGCAGCCCACAUUUUUGCAUAUUUUUUUCACCUGUCAGUUUCAAUUUAGUCAGUUUACUAAAAGGCAUGUUUGCUAUGUGACUCCUGGGGUGUAAAGAUAUUCCCUACAGACAUAUUUGAAGGGAUGUCAAACUCUUACUGUUAAUUUAUAUGAACAAAUGACUGGCUUCUGGCUGCUGCACCUCAGCACAGCUCCCCUCUGAAUCAGAAUUUGUUUGCCUGCCAGACAGCAAGCCAUGUACAAAUGCUGCAACAAAUGGAUAUACCCAUGUGUUGUUGAACCAUUAUUUCAUUAACAGAAUGUCAAAAUGAUAUUUCAAAUGGCUAUUACCACUUUAUAAAGGGUGGAAUCAUUUUGACUUUCAACAAAAACAAAACAACCCCAGGCUUGACAAUUUUACUCAAUUUUCAUGAUCACAUAAUUGUUACAAAAGCACCAUGAAGAUUUUUUUUAGGAUAAAGGGUCUGCUGUGAUAUGGUGUAAAUAUCUGGGGGUUUUUUCUCAUAAAAAUGGGUACCACGCAGAUGUGCCCAAAGCAGAUCUAAUUUAAAAGAACAUCAACUUCAAGUCCAGAAGUGACUUCAUAUUUGUACAAUAGGUGAGAAUGUUAUGUGACAGGCAGUAGCAUUUUGAGGGCAGUUCAAUGUCAUGCUAAUCACACUUUGCUACAAACACCAGGUUUUCUUUCCAAAUCAGGUCUAUCUGAGCCUUCAGUGUCCUCAGAAACAACAGUAACAUAUAAACGGCUUUACACCAAAAGUUUGUGUAAGAUCAUGUGGAAGAUUUAGUGUAUCUGAGUCCAUGAUCAUCCUAGCUUGGUCUUUGUCAUCAUGGUAAUGUACAUUACAGGUAGGAAUGAAUUCAAGUGCUUUGUGAGACUGUUUGAAUUAUGAUUUCCCAUCUGUGGCUCAACCUGCUGUGUGUACUAUCUCAUGUUGUGGCUUCAGAUGAACAAAAUUUGUAGCUGACCUGCAGGGGUGUGAGACAAACGUGUCUCGCUUCUCUUGGUGACAACGACACUGGCUGAUUCUUCUCUCUACUUUGGCUUCAAUUGUUAUCGCAGGACAGCGUUUUCUCAUUUUGU